AGUCUAGGGAGUUCUGCAUUCAAGCUAACAACUAGAGACUCAUCACGUGUAUGGAUUUGUUGAUGGUGCAGCUACUACUAUGUUCUUCACUCAACCAAAUUGAAACACUAUAUAACCUUAUCAAAUUGUUAGACUUUUCAACACUAAACUUGCAAUGAGCUCCACAGUUGAUGAGAAAAGUGUGCAUAAAGAAAGUAUUUCGAAUCAGCCAGAACAUUUUAUGCGCUCUGAAAAUGAGACGCCGGAGUGUAUCCAAGCUAUCGAGGGAAUUCAAGUGCCCGUAAUCUCGUUAUCUCAACCAAAUAAAGAUGUAUUACUUCAUGAACUUUUAAAGGCAUGCACUGAAUGGGGAAUUUUUGCUCUUACUGACCAUGGAAUCCCGCAAUCUCUCCUUGAGCAGCUUCGAUUUGUAGGCGAGGAGUUCUUUAAUCUGAGUGAAGAAGAGAAACAGAAGCAUGCAAGUAAUCCUUCCUCGGGAAAUUUCGAAGGCUAUGCGACCAAGAUGGUUAGGAAUUAUGGCGAGAAGAUUGAAUGGGUAGAUUACUACUUCCAUCUUAUGCAUCCUCCUUGCAAGGUUAACCAUCAAACUUGGCCGGAACACCCUCCUUCGUACAGGAACGUGACAGAAGAGUAUACUAAGGAAGUUUUGAGAGUGAAUUUCACAAUUCUUGAGUUGCUUUCUGAGGGGCUUGGUUUAGAAGAUAAAAGCAUUCUGAAGAGUAAGUUGGGAGGAGAGGAAAUAGAGUUAGAGAUGAAGAUAAAUAUGUACCCACCAUGUCCACAACCUCAAUUGGUUUUAGGGGUUGAACCCCAUACUGAUAUGUCUGCUCUCACCAUUCUCGUCCCAAACGACGUCCCUGGCCUCCAAGUCUGGAAGGAUGGCAACUGGAUUGCCGUAGAUUGCUUGCCAAAUGCUCUCUAUGUGCACAUUGGUGAUCAAAUUGAGGUGUUAAGCAACGGAAAAUGCAAGAGUGUCUUACACAGGAGCUUAGUGAACGAGGAACGUACGCGUAUGUCAUGGGCGGUAUUCUCAACACCACCACAGGAUGCGGUUAUUGGCCCUCUUCAGUCACUGGUGAACGAUGAGAACCCAUCCAAGUAUUCCAGCAAAACCUUUGCUGAGUAUCGAUACCGCAAGAUCAAUAGACUCCCGCAGUAAUAUGAAUAUUUCUAUGUUUUUCUUGUGUGCUAGUAAUAUUGUCCCUCUCCUGACUCUGUUGUUUACAGUUUUGAGGGUAUAAAUGAGGGUUUGGUGGGUUGUGUUACUUGUGUAAUAUUAUUACCUCCUGGUGCUUUUAAUGUUUUCUUUGAACACCAUGCAUUUUUAGAACACCGGUGUUGAUGGUGGAUUUUCGUCUAAGGUUAAAAUUGUAAAAGCCGAAUUUAAUAGGCUAAUAUCUUGUAAAGGAUAAGGUCAUUUGAGUGAUGAAUACUUCUUCACUUUAUUAAUUCA